AUGUCCUCGGCUGCGGGUGCGGAGGCAGGAGGCUUCUGCUUUGAGGCGCUUGCUGCGGAUAAUGAAACCAUGGUUGUGGUCAACGUCUGCGGUAACUCGUCAGUCGGGAGGGCCUUGGCGAAGAACAUGGAGGAGGUCUCAGAAACCCACUUGGACGAGUACGGUGUAGACAAUUUGGUCAUCCCAAUAGCUGUUGGUCCGGCAGAAAGAUGUGACGGGGGACAGUAUAGCUUCACUAUAGAUGUUGUUAUUCACCCAUCACUGACUUCGCGGUGUACGCCGAGUCACCGGUUAUUCGACCACUACAUCCUCAGGCUCACAUCUCUUGCGAUCGAGUGGAUUUUGCAGGAGUGUGGUAUGCGACUUAACCCACGUUCUUGCCGGUUAAUUCCUGACAAAAAAUACUUCCAAAAUGGCAAGGAGAAUGUUAAUCAGUUACUCUCUAAGAUUGCGAAAGCAAUGGAAAAAGAAGCAACGACUGUCCCCGCGGAUGAAAGUAAAGCAGGGGGAAUUUCUUUGCCUUCUAAGUUGCAGCUAGACGGUUCCAGGAAGAAGGAGGAGGCAAAACCUUCACCAUUGAUUAAGGAGAUGCCCCAAGGUGCUGGGAUUCGAAAAGGCUUUCUUCAUGAUGUUAGAUUAUACGGCGCUGGAGGAAGUAGUGAAGGCAAACUACCUCUGGCUGACCCACUGUUUCACUUUCCUGAACAGCUUAGAAAAAGGUGCCAGGUGAUCGACACACGGCAAGGUGGAACUGGGGUGACACACGGUUCUGCGUCCGCCGAACCGGGUCCCGUGAAGGCAAAAUCCAAAUCGGUCCCUUUAAAUAUGACAGAAGGAUCACAAAUUCAAUGGGAGGUUCAAGCUGUGGACUGCAGUGAGAGGGAACUCGUAGUGCGGUUGCGUCCUCCGCCGCACGUGACGUCAAUGAGGGAUGUGGAGCUGACCGCCUCGCCAGACGCCAUAGAGAUUGACGAAACGGUGGUGCGAUUGCCGAGACGUAUCAAAGUGGACAAUGUGGCUGCGAAAUUUGUUAAGUCGUCAAAAAUUAUGGUUCUGACUUGUCCCUUGGCAUGA